UUAACUUUAUUGUGACUUGUGUUAACUUGAGAUUGGGAAUGAAUAUAUACAUACAUAUAUACACACAAAUACAUAUUUAUAUACAUAUAUAUCUGAUGAUUAUUUUCUGAGAGCACAUCUCUCUGGCACUUUUCAUUGAUACCUCUGUCCUUUACCUCUUCGGGAUCUGACAAGCUUCAGACUCUGGCUGUGGAUACUGACUGCUCUAUAAAUGGGUAUUUCUUCAAAAAACUGGGUUUCCAGCAUUCACUUAAGCAGUCUCUCUUUUUCUGACUCAUGCUGGGUUUGAGGAAAUAAUUUCUCACUUUUCCUUCAGAGAGACCUCUGAGUAACCGGGGACUUGGCCUGCCUUGCCUACCGAGUGUGGGGGAAGAUGGGAUGGACAGGAGGUGAUUCUGUUCCGUGAAGUAAUCGCUCAUCACCAGCUGGGGGUUAAACUACUUUUGCAGCAUCACUUCACCUGUGGACUCUUCUGAAUUUUGCUUUCUUGGGGAAAAGAACUGGGGUAAGAGGAGGUCAUUUUUAACAAGUUGGCACCCUUCUCCUUCCCUUACAAGUUGGUGCAGAGGAUAAAGCUGUGACUGUUGGAUUACACCUUCACCUCAAAACAGGAGAAGAAAAAGAAGAAAAGGACCAUGGCUCUGAGUGGAAACUGUAGUCGUUAUUAUCCUCGAGAACAGGGCGCCGCAGUUCCCAGCUCCUUCCCCGAGGUCGUGGAGCUGAAUGUUGGGGGUCAAGUGUAUUUCACUCGCCAUUCCACAUUAAUAAGCAUCCCUCAUUCCCUCCUGUGGAAAAUGUUUUCCCCAAAGAGAGAAACAGCUAACGAUCUAGCCAAGGACUCCAAGGGAAGGUUUUUCAUUGACAGAGAUGGAUUCUUGUUCCGUUAUAUUCUGGACUAUCUCAGGGACAGGCAGGUGGUCCUACCUGAUCACUUCCCAGAAAGGGGGAGACUGAAAAGGGAAGCUGAGUACUUCCAGCUCCCAGACUUGGUCAAACUCCUGACCCCUGAGGAAAUCAAGCAAAGCCCAGACGAAUUCUACCACAGUGACUUUGAAGAUGCCUCCCAAGGAAGCGACCCGAGAAUCUGCCCUCCGGCUUCCCUGCUCCCUGCUGACCGCAAGUGGGGCUUCAUUACCGUGGGCUACAGGGGGUCCUGCACCACAGGCAGGGAGGGGCAGGCAGAUGCCAAGUUUCGCAGAGUUCCCCGGAUUUUGGUUUGUGGAAGGAUUUCCCUGGCAAAGGAGGUCUUUGGAGAAACUUUGAAUGAGAGCAGAGACCCUGACCGAGCCCCAGAAAGAUACACCUCCAGAUUUUAUCUCAAAUUCAAGCAUCUGGAAAGGGCUUUCGACAUGCUGUCAGAGUGUGGGUUCCACAUGGUGGCCUGUAACUCCUCGGUGACGGCGUCUUUCGUGAACCAGUACACAGAAGACAGAGUGUGGUCGAGCUACACCGAGUACGUCUUCUACCGUGAGCCUUCCAGGUGGUCGUCCUCGCACUGUGACUGCUGCUGCAAGAACGGCAAGGGCGACAAAGAAGGGGAGAGCGGCACGUCCUGCAACGACCUCUCCACCUCUAGCUGCGACAGCCAGUCCGAGGCCAGCUCUCCCCAGGAGACGGUCAUCUGCGGGCCGGUGACGCGCCAGACCAACAUCCAGACCCUGGACCGCCCCGUCAAGAAGGGCCCCGUCCAGCUGAUCCAGCAGUCGGAGCUGCGGCGGAAAAGCGACCUGCUCCGAACUCUGACAUCAGGCUCCAGGGAGUCGAACAUGAGCAGCAGAAAAAAAGCUGUGAAGGAAAAGCUCUCCGUUGAGGAAGAGCUGGAGAAAUGCAUCCAGGAUUUCCUCAAGAUCAAAAUUCCAGAUCGGUUUCCCGAGAGGAAACACCCUUGGCAAUCUGAACUUUUACGGAAGUAUCACCUAUAGGGGAGGGCGGCUGGGGUGGGAGAAGCAGCGGGCUGUGUCCCCGUUUGGACGUACACCUCCAAAAGCGAUGCAGAGUCGAGAAGACCAACAGCUAACAAUGCACAUUUGUGAGAACACAAUGGCCCGUCGAUACUACUACUGCCUGUUUACCUGGUUCCCCUUAACAUGUCAGUCCACAGGGUAGAUUUCUUUCCAGAUGUGGAAGCAUAAGAAAAUGUUCCGGUUAUUUGCUGGUGUAUUGCCUUGGUCCUAUGCGCUGGGUAUCCUAUAUAGGGAGAGCCGGCUGCCUAACUGUAGCUGAGAGGCCUUGGGACUCAUUUAUCCCAAACUGAGUUUUUCUGUCAUCUUCUACCUCUCUCCUUUGAAAGAGAUUGUGGUAGAAAGAGAUCUGGCCCAACGGCACAUGUUUGGAUUUUUUUUUUAAUUUUCCUUUUCCCUUUGUUUACGGGGUCUGGGGGGAUUGGCUGAUUUAUAUGACUUUUCACUCAAAUCUAUUAUGUGACAGUUUAUAUUGACUCUGUAUGCAUGAGUAUUUGUGCAACAAGAACACAACGUCUGUAUAUACACACAGUGCACACGACCCCAGGGGCCCUAGUACCCUAAGGGGGAUUCCCUGCUCCCCGUAGCACCUCUUAGAGCAUUUCAGACAAACGAGCCGAGGCUCGUUUCUUACAAUCCUCUGGGAAGAUUUCCCUGCCUCUCUUGGCAACGCUCCCUAACCCUCCUCAUCAACAAAGUGUCUUCCUUAUUUUGAAAUUGACACCUUCAAGCUCCAUUUCAUUGCUCUUUCUCUGCACUAGGAGAGGGUGACAAGAGCUAGUCAAACUUUGUGUUAAAAAAAACAAACAUUCGUUUCCACGAAAAUUCCUAUGAAAUGACCCCACCCUCAGCCUGCUCUACCCUGAGCUGAAUUAUCUUCCUUCUGUCAAUGUUUUCAGAGUUCUUCCCGCCUGUGUUUUCAUUGGCACAGCCUUUCUGCAUCAUCCACAUCCCUCUCUCUGCAUCCCUGUGUAGCUGUGGAAGGAAGACCACCACCCAGGUGCUUGACCAAGGCCCCAGCCUUUUGUUGAAGUGGGGAUCAUGCUCCAUACACCACCCAGUAACUCCUCAUGACUUGUUGACACCCAGAGCUGCGUUGUUACUUUCUCAUAGCCUUUCCUUGGCCUUUGGGAUGCUGGGAUUUGGUGGUCCAUUUUUCUGAUGUCUUUGAAUAAUCCGACUAGUAACUAGAGCUCCAAAAUUAAGGUUUUGCCUAUCUAAACUAUCUUUCUUAAUUACAUCCUUGACCUGUAUGAACACAACCAAAAGGAAACUACUAGUAGCCCUCCCCUCUCAUGACUCUGUAUUCUAUUAAGGUACCAAGAGUAGACUGGUGGUGAAUGAAUAUUAAAAGGCCAGUUUUUGUUUGCAGCAUGCCUGAUGCAUUUCAGUGGGAAAUGAAAAAAUAAUUUGGCAAUCAUUAGUUGUGUGCCAAGCACUCCUAAUUUUUUUUUUUGUGUGUGUGUGUGUGUGUGUGCGUGUGUUUGUGUACAUAUAUCACAGGUAAUAAAGGCAAACUGGAUGAUACCUGUAGGAGGGAAAAAUAAUCAUUUGCUUCCUUUUGAAAUAUUUCACUGACGCACAUUUAUCAUGUGAAAGGUUUUGUGAUUCCUGUCACUAGGGCCCAUUCGUUUAUGGAUGUCUUUCUGAAUUGUAAUUCUCGCCCUCGCGCCUGGAUAUUAGACUCUUGUACUGAUAGUGCAAAUGGAAUUUAAAGUUUACUUAGAUGAGCAGAAAGUUCAUUUGGUGAGUUGAGUUGUCAAGAGAGUUAUUAUUUAUGAAUUGAAGUGGUAUUCUUUUGUGUAUUGAUAUAUUAGCAGACAUUUGAUCUUAACUACAACACAGCUUAUAAAGCCUUUCAAUAUGUCUUCAUUCUUUUCAAUGUUUUUUAAUAUCACAUCCAAAUACCAUCACCCUAACAAUAGAGGAACCUGCAAAAAA